CUGUGCCGUUCCGUGUGCCUUCUUCAUAUUUUAUUUUUAUUUUUAAUUGUUUUUAAUUUGAGUUUAUUUCGUGAAUGUGUGUGUGUGCGCGCGCGAGUGGGGUAAACUGUGAGGUUUAGGAUGUCUUGGGGUGUCACGCGAUCGUGAACAUGUGAGGGUAAGGUGUGCGAAGUUAAUAUUUUUAGUCUGUGCCUGUUUCCUGUUGCGCAUAAUUACGAGCAAUUUUUUUGUGUUGUGCUUUGGAUACGGUUAGCACUGCUGGUUGCUGCUUUAUUUUCGGUGGCCUUCCGGAGCAGGUCGAAGUUGGCCUCUCGAGCCAUAAUUCUGGAGUUUCUGACUGCAAGAGCCAACGUGAAGAAGAGUUAUCCUGUAGUGUCUUUGCGAGUAGAAUCGCUGCCGGAAGGGAAAUAGAUUCCUUUGGCACUGCCAAGCACAUUUCCGCAGCCUCUAGCUUGCAGUCCCUGCCCAGAUUUUAGAACGUAGUCGUCAACAGCGAUUACACUCAAACAGUUCGUCUGGCGUUCCAUCACCUUAGUUAUCAGAAGGGAUUUGAAAGUGAUAUUCUCACGCUGCUGUGAUAUAUUGCCUCAUCAGUCGAGUUUGAGCAUCCGUUCUGCUUCAGUUUAGAAGUUGAAUCUGAGAAUUUAGUUGGACAAGGCGGAAUUACCAAGGGCUCAGUGCUGGAAGUACGAGUUUCUGUUAGAGAAAUUCUCUCGUGUUAGGUUCUUACCUCACUGGUGCUUUUAGUGUUCCAGGGUGUCGAAACGAUGCUUUUCGUCGACCUGGGCCGCCAGGUUUAGUGUCUGCUGCAUGAGUGCAUAUUAUCAGAAAGUGACGCUGGCUCUGGUCAUCGCCAACCACCGUUGUACGGUAUCAACUAUGCUCGUUCGUACCUUUUGGAUGAUUUUCAGACUCUCGCGAAGGGUAGCUCCGUGUGAAUGUCGCGUAUGCUAAUUGCGGUUUCUGAUGGCACUUAUUGUUGGCAAACGUGUGACGUUGUCGUCUAAAUCAUAUCUUCUAUUACUGUGGAGUAGAUUCACGUGGUUGCUCGUGCUUGUUACUUCUGUAGUUUCUAAACUGAAUUUUAGUGGAUAGUUACUGUGUUGGCGGCGUUGAUAGUGAUUGCUGAUAAAGCGCAGACCAGGAUAGGGCAUGCUAAUCAUGCCGUUUACACCAAGGAACAGAGAAUUGAGGGUCUGCGAUUGUAUGUGUGGAGUGUACACUGGAAUGAUGAAUGUGAGCGUUUACCUUCAGCAAGCGGCUUAGUGUAUACGUAGUUCAAUUAGAAAAGUUUCAGAAGGUCUGUCAUAUCACUUUGAAGUUGAUAAGAUGUGGGUUCCUGUGUGUGUCAAAAGCAUUGAUGCUUUUGGCGUACCAGGAGAGGAAAAAUUCUACUUGAGCUCCGUGAUGAUUUUGGUGCAUGCUAUUCUCGCCAUUAUUGAUCUUCUCAUCGUCAUCGUUGCUGGAAUUCAGUUGUUGAGGCACCACUUGCACAACAAGCGAAUCGGUUGGACACGUCAAAAAGUUUUUCACUGCCUAAUUGGUGCUGCAAACUUUGGCUACUUCUUGUAUUUCAUCCUGACUAUAGUGGCAACAUGUCAAGGAUGGACAUGUUUUUCAUCUGCUUGCGGAUUCAUUUUGAUUGCCGCACCUCAAACAUUAUUCUUGGCCACCUUCCUGCUGCUUCUUUCUUUCUGGGUGGAUUUAUGUAAUCCCGCUAAUGACAAUGACGAAGAAGAUGAUGAAGACAUAGAUUCUGAGUACGCUCAAUUACCUUCAUCUCCAAAUAGCGUAGAGUCGGGUUCAAGUAAGCCGUAUCGGACAUGUUUACCCUUUCGACGCUGGCGUGUUCGAGGACGGCAACGAUGUGUACUUAUGGUGGUUUUGCUUAUCUUUUCGUUGACGGUGGCUUUUGCUGCGUUGAUUUGGUACGGAAUGUAUGACAAUCCGAUAGAUUCAGUGAAACUAGCGCAGGUGUACGCCAACUUCUUUGCCCUGGUCAUUUUGCUCUCAGGAGGGGGUCUGGCAGGAUAUGGGUUGCUGCUGUACACCAAGAUGAGCAGAGUAAAGUCAAGUAGAGCUUCAGCAGACAUAAAAAAGGUUACGGGUUUGGCAGUUGCAUCGUUUGUGUGUUUUUCUCUUCAGGCCAUUUUGGUUAUUAUUAGUGAUGUUACCGGUCUGAACAUUUGGCAUAUGAAGCAUGGUGACAGCCAGUUCUGCGCACUUAUGAUUUUCUUUUAUUAUUUUAUAGGGGAAUCCGUGCCCUCCAUCGUAGUGCUGUGGGUGAUGAGAGAUCUGCCUCCGAGAUCUUGUGACAACAGCAUGCAUGGUCGUGUUGCAUCUGAACCAGUUUUGAUUGAAGAUGCUCUAGUUCCGGAUCCCAAUUAUUUGUCACAAUUAGUGAUCUCGGCAGCUGGCCGAAGAUAUUUUCUGCCAAACUGCUGCAACAGUGAUGUUUCUCCUUCUUGAACUAAGGUUCUGAAUCACCGUGUACUCUCUACAGUCGUAUUACGAAUACGAAUUCAGUAAAUCACGAAAAAGCAAGCAUUGCUGUGCCGAAACUCCCCAGAUCAUGGUUGCAAUUGCUCCAGAUUAUUGAACGAAAGACUUGCACCCGGCUAACUCUUGAAAAACUCGAAGCUGGCAGAAUCUCAAGGAACGGAAAAUCCUGUACAGCGUCACCGAUUUCAUAUAACUUGAAACUCACUUUUCCAAUUGUCAGAUUGGAAGAUUCGGAUGUCUGUGCUAUGUGUGGACUUCACAAGAAUUUGGGGAUAUGAGACCUGUCACUAGCAUUGCUGCUUAAGUUGACCUGAAGACUGGUUGGGAUUCAGGAUGGAAUGGACUACUUCUACACCCACGAAUCUCCUUCUCUCUUCCUGCCCGAGUUUUUUGUUUGAAGCUGUAAGUCAGGUACCUCCUACGUCUGCACUACUGAAGAAGUUAUUGUGCAAGAGAAUGCGACCCCAUAUUCGCGGGCUUGGAAAAAUAUGGGACCUUGUUCACUAGAUUUGUUAUCAACCACGAAUGCUGGUGGUGUGAUUGUACAUAACACUUAGAAACAUUUAGCAGGUACUGAUGUAGUUAUAAUUGGUAUCUUUGCACUACGGAGUUAUGGCUUUAAAUUCAUUGUGAUCUUUAAGCAUCGUACUUGUGUGCUUGUGUGCUAAGUAGAGUUAGUCAGUAUAAGAUCUGUUUGUACUGAUAUUUUUCCUGAUAGUAGAUGCACUUGCUGUGAUGCCCUUCGUACCAAUAUCAGAGGUCACCACGCUUACUCUCUUGUCAGA